AGAGGUUUGGAGUGACGGACGUACCGCUGGAUGCUGUGAACUUCAUCUCUCACGCCACCCAGUCCAGAUUACGGACGGUGCUGGAGAAAGUUUCCUCCAUCGCCCAGCACAGAAUGGACUCGUGUAAGGAAGACGAGUGGCACGAGCCGUCGUCUGAUGUGCGCUCGCAGCUCAAGUUUUUCGAGCAGUUGGAACGGAUGGAAAAGCAGAGGAAAGAUGAGCGAGAACGAGAGAUUCUCCUCAGAGCAGCGAAGAGUCGCUCGCGGCAAGAAGAUCCAGAACAAGCCCGUCUGAAGCAGAAAGCAAAGGAGAUGCAGCAGCAGGAACUCGCCCAAAUGAGACAACGAGAGGCCAACCUGACGGCACUCGCCGCCAUCGGCCCUCGGAAAAAACGCAAAGUGGACUCGCCAGGAGCUACAACGACAGGCACUGAGGUGUCGGGGAGUUCGGCAGGUUCUCCGGGCGGAUCGUCGGCCCCGUCCUGCUCGUCACGGCAGUAUAACCGCCAGAGAAUAACACGCGUCAACCUCAGGGACUUCAUCUUCUACAUGGAGCAGGAGCGAGAGACCAGCAGAUCUCUCUUACUGUACCGCGCUCUCCUGAAGUAGCCAACGCUGAGCGACUGCUGAGCAGCGAUCGACUUCCUUCUCAGCCCUGCGACGUGCCUUCAGCCCUGUUCACCGCCGCUGUGUCUGUGAGCUCGUGAUGUCAGCGUUGCUUUUGAUAGAAAAGCUCUGAAAAAAGAGAGAAAAAAAAAACAAGAUGUGCUUCAUGUUUCCUGUUUUCUCCUCAACGUUAUUAGGUAAACUGUAUUUAUGAUAGUGAAUUUUAAGGCUUGUCUCUCCGGCUUUGAGCCGAGGAGUGUUUGUUUGUUUGUUUUCUGUGUAUGAAUGAAUCUGACACUGUAAAUACCACGUUCUUCAUCAGUAUUUUAGUCUAAAAACCCCCCCCCCCCCAAAAAAGA